CAAAGGCUUUGCAAUGGACAAGAGUUUCAUUUGAAAAUGCAUCAAAACUAUUUUUUUGCUCAAACUUCUCGUAAGGCUAGAUGUUUACUUUUAUUUUUGGAAUCCGCAGCUGCUCUGCUAUGGUAUCUGACUCAUCGCUAUGUUCACACAGCAAAAUUCAAUACUGUUAUCGCAAACGCGUCGUUUCUGUUAAGACUGGAUUUUCUUUCUAAAAAAAUAUUCGGUUCCACUCACCCAGCGGUCGGAAGGACGCAAAUUUUACGACCAAAAAUUUGUGAUUCUGUUCCACGAAAUGAUAGGCGAUGUAAGCAUGCGCAAUAUUCCAGCCCAUUUUUGACGGCCGAAACCGAUUUUGGACUCGAAAUGCUUCGACAGAAAACGCCCGAUGAAUGUACUGUGGUUUCCCCAUUAUCUGUAAUAUUUGCCUUGAAUAUGGUGCAAGCAGGAGCUGAAGGAACUACCAAGAGCCAGAUAAUUGACUUAAUCUCCAAAGGUGUUUCUUCCAUAAAAACGCACAAAUCAGAAAUCGUCAAAUCGAAGUUAGAGUCUGCAGGAUCGUCUGACGACGACACGCUUCAGUUUUAUUCCGAUCUUAUGCGCCAGAUUUUGGACUCAACGAGCAAUGCACAAAUUAGGAUUGCUAAUGGAUUCUUUUUCAGGUAG